AAAAACAGCACUGUUAAGUGCUCCAUCGGCAGAGGACGGACCACGAGGACGACUCACCAGAGAUCCACAGCGGCGGUUUCAGCACUUUCCAGUGCUUCAGCGGCAGCCAACCAACGGACAGGGUGUUUAACCUCACCAGGGGCCUUUCCUGGACCAAACAUGGCGGAAAACAAAAUCCCCUCCAAUUUCCGGGAAACAACCAAGGAGAUGUCGAAACUGAUAAAAAUCUACCACCACCUACGGAACACGGAUCUUUCCGACAGAAUCCCAGGGAACAUUAAAAAAACACAGGAACACCUGAUCAAAACAAUCACCCCUACCUUCCCCAAUGCCAAAACCGACCUCCUCAAAACAGGCAAUGCUUUGAAUUGGUCCUACACCUCAAUGCAAAUAUUACAAGAACACUACCAGGACCUGGUAGAUAGCUCCAAAAUCAAGCUUUCAAAAGCCCCCAAAGAGGAGUGGGAAAACUCCCUCAAAGUAGCUAUUAAGUGGGCCCAGAAAGACAUCAAACGCCUAUCCGAGGCCACUAUUAAAGAAGCCUCAACCCACAUCCUCGACCUCCUAAACCCCACCCAACCCACCACCUCAACUUCCAGCCAAACCGAGCAGAUCCCCAUCCCAAAUAACCCAAUACAACCAGAAACGGACCGCGCAAAUUCAGCCCAGACCUCCUCCUCGGAUAACCCAAUCCCUUCAAUGGCUCCACCCCCCCAAAAAAAACAGAAAAAGGAUAACGAGGAUAUCCAGACCGAACCAAAACCAACCCAUGAAAAGCCCCCACAACCACACACCUCCACAAACACCCAAGUCGCCCCACCAAAACACCUCUCAAAUGUUCUUUUCCAGACACACCCCCACCAUGGCAACAAAUACCGCAACUGGACCCUACAACCCCGAAGACCCUUCAUAUUAAUGGGCGACUCCAACCUGUCUCGACUACCAUUCGUCAACCACACCAAAGUGCAAGUUGAUUGCUUCCCGGGCGCCAACCUUAGCCAUGCGGCCCACCUGUUAAAAAAUAACACACCCACCAACGAUAAAGUGGAAAAGGUCAUCCUGUCCUUUGGAAUCAAUAACAGGAAGAUAUCCAACAAAGCCCACCUCCAAAAGGAUUUACAGGCAAUGCUAACUGCGGCAGUAACCACAUUCCCUAAUGCUACAAUCAGAAUCCCCCUAAUCAACCAUUCGGAAGACCUCCCUGAAGCUAUAAAGGGGAACAUAGAAACCUUAAAUGCACUAAUCUUACAAACUGGACACCAGAUGCCCAAAAUACGAGCAGAAAUCUUUAACACCCUUCCGGAUGGCAUCCACUGGUCCCCCCAAACGGCUGUGGAGAUUUUGAGAUACUGGAGGACUUUUUUGUUCUAAAGGGGACCCCCACUGAAACCCCGCAUGAUAAAGAGAUCGUUAAUCUGUCUUCCACUUUCAAACUAAAUGAGGCACAUACCAGCCUUCUUAAAAAAGGUCUCUCCUUUAUUCCAUCAACAAACGAGCCUAGUACUAUGAGAAAUGCAAUGGGGGUAGAUCUCGCUCAAUACCAUAGGAGACUUA